GCCCUCGGAUGAGGUUUUGCGCGUGCGCAGUGCGCUUGGUUUCGCUGUCACUUCCGGCUGUUUGUCCGGGAAGCGGAUUCGGUCGGAGCAGAGCGCGCGGAUCCCGGGACCGGGCCUUCCAUUUGUACAGGUCGCCACCAUGGCCCGGGACUACGACCAUCUCUUCAAGUUGCUCAUCAUCGGAGACAGUGGUGUUGGAAAGAGCAGCUUACUUCUAAGAUUUGCAGAUAACACAUUUUCAGGCAGCUAUAUUACAACAAUUGGUGUUGACUUCAAAAUCCGGACAGUAGAGAUUAAUGGAGAGAAGGUGAAACUUCAGAUUUGGGACACUGCAGGCCAGGAGCGAUUUCGGACCAUAACCUCCACGUAUUACCGAGGGACCCAUGGUGUCAUUGUUGUUUACGAUGUGACCAGCGCAGAAUCUUUUGUCAAUGUUAAACGAUGGUUACAUGAAAUAAACCAAAAUUGUGAUGACGUAUGUAGGAUAUUGGUGGGUAAUAAGAAUGAUGACCCUGAACGGAAAGUGGUGGAAACAGAAGAUGCCUUUAAGUUUGCUGGGCAGAUGGACAUUCAGUUGUUUGAGACUAGCGCCAAAGAGAAUUUAAAUGUCGAAGAGAUGUUUAACUGCAUUACUGAGCUUGUCUUGCGAGCAAAGAAAGACAACCUAGCAAAACAGCAGCAGCAGCAACAGAAUGAUGUGGUGAAACUAAGCAAAAACAGUAAACGGAAGAAGCGAUGCUGCUAGGUGCAGGCACAGCACAGAGAGGCUGCUCUCAAUCCGAACAUUUGCUCUUGGGACAAAGAGCAGUAGUGCCAUGGGCAGUGCCCAGCUUUCAGGGGUUGGGGCCUAUUCUUAGUUAUGUGCUGUUUAUUUAAGAAUUUUUCUAUUAAGGCGCUGGCACCUUUUUUACUGCUGUGCCAAGAAGGUGUUGUGGAUUCUUGUCGCCCUGCCACCCCUGAUCUUCCAGAGCGUCUGCUAGGAAAGGACAGAAGCAGUGCCGGCCCUAUGGACGAUUAACAAGAGUCUGUACAUACUGUAUAUUGCGUUAACCAGCCUCACUUCCCUCCUACUGCUUUGGCUUACACCUUCUCGCCAGUCUGUCAUGUGUGAAUAUGAACUGGUCACUUUUUAAAGUUUUUAGAACAGAUGGCGUCUUAACUUUGGCCUGCCCCUGGGUAUGGUAAGAGGGACCAGGCCCUGCUGUUAUCUUCUCUGCCCCAUUUUUUAUCAGGAUAUUUAAAAACAUGCUAAAGUCAACCAAGCAGCUAUUCCAUUGUCCAGACCAGGAUUUACGACUACGAUGUAAUUCUGUUUUUAAACAAAAGAGUGGGUGGCUCCCAUCAUUAUUUCCACCUAGUCAUGAACCAUGUGAAUUUAAGUACAAAAAAAAAAAAGAAAUGAUGGAAAAUUCUGCCAAAUUUUUGUACCAUCUUGUUCAUAAAUAGGAACAAACUAAUAAAAUGUGAACCUCUGGGUCCUGAUUUAAAGGAAAAAAAAAUCGCAAGAUUGUAUACGUUUAGCACCAGCUUGGUUUGUGCAAUGAAGCAAACAGAUACAGGAAUUCAUAUAAAUAUUUUAUUCGGUGGCUUUACAAUAGAAAGCAUAAUCUGUACUAAAAUAGGAUUUUUUUCUGUAUAUAUAUAUAUAUAUAUAUAUAUAUUAGAAAACAUCUGUAUUCAUUAGAAAAUGUCUAUAUACACAGAGCAUUUGUCAGUACAUGGACUGGAAGGAACAGGUUUCUAUGGUUCCACUGUGCUCUGUCUGGAAGACCAGAGGUAGGACUCUGUUCCCUGCAACCCAAGCAGCUUGGGACAUUUUUAAACCUGGAAUUUCUGCUGCUAGUGUAACAAAGGAAGCAGUGACUAGAAACAGGUAGCGCAAAGUGCAAAAUAUUCACAGAAAAUCCUCUUAACAAAAGCAUUUUGAUCUCUAAAAUCGAAAAUACAUCAAAUUGGAACCAAAUGCUAUACUUGAGGGGUGUGUGAAACCACAUUCUAUUCUAGUAGUUGCUGUCAAUGUCUGCAUCCAGCUUGUAUUUCACUCAGGUGUUCCCCUAGCAUUUGAUCCAGCUAACCAAACAACAUUGCCAUUCUCUGCCUUAAAUUCUUGUUCUGCUGCUAUAAGAUACAGCUUUUACCUAUCAGAUAUCA